CAUAUUUUAAUCAAUAGUUUGGAAAAAUCAGAUCGAUUUUGCACUUAGUCUUUCAUUUCACGCUGUUCUGUAACCACGUGUGCUUACACAUGCUCGCUCUUCGUUUGGUUUUACGGUAUUUUGUAGAGGUAUUAUUAUCGUAGUCAGGUUUCUGUGCUUACUGGUAAAUCAAUGGCUGAACGGGUACUCGUGGUUGGCAGUGGUGGCAGGGAACAUGCACUGGCAUGGAAACUGGCACAGUCUCCUCAUGUCCAACAAGUUUUAGUUGCUCCUGGAAAUGCUGGGACUGCCAAUAAUGGGAAUAUAACAAAUUCUGCUGUCUCCAUCAGUAAUCAUGCUAUUCUUGCCCAGUACUGCAAAGAUCACAACAUUGGUCUGGUGGUUGUGGGACCUGAAGCUCCUCUGGCAGCAGGAAUUGUAAAUGAUUUAACAGCAGCUGGAAUUAAAUGUUUUGGUCCAAGUGAAAAAGCAGCUCAGCUGGAGUCAAGCAAGCAGUUUGCCAAGGACUUUAUGGACCGGCAUGGAAUUCCAACAGCAAAGUGGAAAGCCUUCACAAAUCCUUUGGAAGCUUGCAACUUUAUUAAUAGUGCCAGCUUUCCUGCAUUGGUGGUGAAGGCCAGUGGUCUUGCAGCUGGAAAGGGUGUAAUAGUGGCUGCCAACAAGGAGGAGGCAUGCAGUGCUGUACAUGACAUACUGCAGGAUAAAACAUUUGGAGCAGCCGGUGAGACCAUUGUUGUAGAAGAGCUUCUUGAAGGUGAAGAAGUUUCAUGUCUCUGUUUCACUGAUGGCAUAACUGUAGCUCCGAUGCCACCUGCUCAAGAUCACAAGCGUCUUAUGGAUGGUGAUUUGGGACCAAACACAGGAGGAAUGGGAGCCUACUGUCCAACCCCACAGGUCACAGAUUCCUUACUUCUGGAAAUCCAAGAGACAGUACUUCAGAGGACUGUUGAUGGAAUGAGACAAGCUGGAACUCCAUACGUAGGGGUGUUGUAUGCUGGAUUGAUGCUGACUAAAGAUGGCCCCAAAGUCCUUGAAUUUAACUGUCGAUUUGGUGAUCCAGAAUGUCAGGUAAUUCUGCCGUUACUUAAGAGUGAUUUGUAUGAAGUGAUACAGGCAACCUUGAAUUCUAAGUUAUCUACGUUCACACCAGCCUGGAUGGUUAAUAGUGCUGCUGUAACGGUGGUUAUGGCAAGUGGCGGAUACCCAGGGGAAUAUGCUAAAGGUCUGGAAAUUGAAGGUCUUUCUGUGGCUGAAAAGUUUGGGUUACAGGUUUUUCAUGCAGGCACAACAGUGAAGGAUGAUAAAGUAGUGACUAGUGGUGGAAGAGUCUUAACUGUCACUGCAAUUGAGAAGGAUAUUGUCACAGCAUUGGAACAUGCCAAUAAGGGUGUUGCAGCCAUUCAGUUUCAGGGUGCAAUUUACAGAAAGGAUAUUGGUUAUCGAGCUGUAGCAUUUUUGCGACGAUCCCAGGGUCUUUCCUACAAAGAUAGUGGUGUGGACAUUACAGCAGGAAAUGACUUGGUGCGUGCAAUUAAACCCUUUGCAGCUUCCACUGCUCGACCAGGUUGCAGUGCAGAGCUUGGAGGAUUUGCUGGUCUGUUUGAUUUGAAGGCAGCUGGUUAUAGCGAUCCAAUUUUGGUCUCUGGAACUGAUGGGGUUGGCACUAAAGUAAAGAUUGCACAGCUUUGUAAUAAACAUGAUACAGUUGGUCAGGACCUCUUAGCAAUGUGUGUAAAUGACAUUCUGGCCCAUGGGGCUGAACCACUCUUCUUCCUUGAUUAUUUUUCCUGUGGAAAACUAGACGUUGAAGUGGCCCAAACUGUAGUGGCUGGAAUUGCAGAGGCUUGCAAAAUGGCAGGAUGUGCUUUGAUAGGAGGUGAAACUGCAGAGAUGCCUGGCAUGUAUUGUCCUGGGGAAUAUGACCUUGCUGGCUUUGCAGUUGGUGCAUUUGAACGAGGACAGAUGUUCCCCCAGCGGGAGAAAAUUGCUAUUGGUGAUAAUGUCAUUGGGAUUGCAUCUUCUGGAAUUCACAGCAAUGGCUUUAGUCUUGUUAGGAAGAUAAUAAGCAAAUCUGCACUGAAGUACAAUUCACCAGCACCAUGUGGAUGUGGAAAACAAAGCUUAGGAGACUUGCUUCUUACACCAACUAAAAUCUACAGUAAAACACUCUUGCCAUUUCUUCGUUCUGGAAGUGUGAAAGCUUAUGCUCACAUCACUGGAGGUGGACUUUUGGAAAAUAUACCCCGGGUGCUUCCUGAGAAUCUUGGUGUCCAGUUGGAUGCUUCUUCAUGGAAGAUACCAGAGGUGUUUUCUUGGCUGCAGAAUGCAGGAGAUGUUACAGAAGAAGAGAUGGCUCGAACCUUUAAUUGCGGAAUUGGUGCCAUACUAAUUGUGGACAAGGAAAAGUCUGAUCAGAUACUAAAGGAGUUGCAGGUACAAGAACAGGCAUGGCAGAUUGGAAGAGUAGUACAACAUGGAACAGGACAGAGUCAAGUAUUAAUUGAAAACUUGAUGCAUUCAUUGCAUUCACGUGAGAUGAGCACUUCAAAGGAUGCAGACAUGCAGCAGAAACCACAAGAUACUAAAAUCCCAGUAGCUGUUCUAAUCUCUGGGACAGGUACAAAUCUUCAGGCUCUAAUAGACCAUGCAAAGGAGUCAGCUUGUGUAAAGAUAGCACUUGUUAUUUCUAAUAAGCCUGGUGUGGAAGGGCUGAAGAAAGCAGCAAGAGCUGGAAUUCCUACCAGAAUAAUUGACCACAAGUUGUAUGGCAGUCGUGCAGAAUUUGAUAGUACCAUUGACAAGGUUCUUGAAGAAUUUUCCAUCAAGCUGGUUUGCCUUGCAGGAUUUAUGAGGAUUUUGUCCAGCCCUUUUGUCAGAAAAUGGCAAGGUAAAAUCUUGAACAUCCACCCAUCAUUACUGCCUUCAUUCAAGGGAGUAAAUGCCCACAAGCAGGUGUUGCAAGCUGGAGUUCGGUUAACAGGAUGUACAGUGCAUUUUGUUGCAGAAGAAGUUGAUGCUGGAGCAAUCAUUGUCCAGGAGGCUGUACCAGUGAAAGCAGGAGACACUGAGGAGACACUCUCAGAGAGAGUAAAAGAAGCAGAGCACCGGGCCUAUCCUGCUGCCUUGGAACUUGUGGCCAGUGGAGCAGUGAGACUAGGAGAGGACUGCAAAAUCCAGUUUAAGCAUGUCUGAUUGUCAUUAAGUAUUGUAAUGUGAACGUAGCACUUUAAGUUGAGAGGAGAAUAUCAUCAAUAACCAGACUUUACAUUCGAGAAGAAACAGGCUUGCUUAGUUCAAGGCUUUAAUCAGCAUACCUACUAUGUCUUCUUACUGUAACUGUGUGAAAUCCACCACAGACUGUUGUAACUGGAACGUACAUUUAUCACUUUGGCGCAUGACCAUUAAACUACUUAGACAAAGCUUACAAAUAAAAUGUGAUCUGUCAAACUUCAUGUGCUAUAUAAUUUUGGCAGUGGUGCAUCUUCUACCCAAAAUUAUGGAUCAGAGUUGUACUACAAUUGAUCUGAAAAUAAAUCCAUUUUAUUUUCAUAUAAAAUGCUUGCUUAAAUAAUGCA